AUGCCUUCGCCAGCAGUUGCGUCAGCGGGCGCAGACGUAUCUCUAUCGACCAGCGGUUUUAAUACGAUCGAUUCAGCUCUCGAAUCCUUCAGCAGAGGCGAGUUCGUAAUCGUGCUCGACGACGAAGAUCGCGAGAAUGAGGGAGACCUGAUCGUGGCCGCAGAAAGCAUCACUACUGAGCAGAUGGCUUGGUUUAUUCGGCAUACAAGCGGAUACAUUUGCAUUUCCGUCCACCCUUCUGUUCUCACAUCGCUUCAUAUCCCCAUGAUGGUGCCCAACAAUACAGAAAAGCACAAGACAGCGUACACUGUGACAGUCGACUACAAGCACGGCACCACGACAGGCAUCUCGGCGCAUGACCGCGCGCUAACGGCGCGAAAGCUUGCGCUUGCCGGGGCAGAAGAGCCGAACAAAAGUUCGGAAGUUUUGCCGGAAGACUUUUCGAGACCAGGGCAUAUGGUCCCGCUCCGGUACACCGAGGGUGGCGUCAGGGUACGAAAGGGGCACACAGAGGCGGGCGUUGAUCUAUGCAGAGCCUGCGGGAAAGCUCCCGUUGCGCUCCUGUGCGAGCUUGUCGAUCCCUCUAGCGCAGAGGGAAACAUUGCAGCACGAGAUGCCUGUCUGGCUUUCGCGACAAAGCACAACCUCAAAGUCAUCACGAUCGAGGCGCUCAGACGAUGGAGAGAGGAGCGCGAAGGCAGUCAGAUCCCGGAGCUGGCCAACGCAGACUUGCAGGCAAAAGACGGGCAAGAAUUAGAUCUGGCCAAGGGAGUGCAGUUAGAAAAGCAAAUGGUCGCUGAGUCGCUUACGGGGCCGAACGGGCCGGUGUGA